AUGUCCUGGAACGCUGGCAAGACAGGAUCUAACAACACCCCGCUUGGUCCGCGCAAGCGCAUGAUCGGCGAUGUCAGUCAGUCUGAUCAAGACGAUCAGCAAUUCCGGGGACGACCCAUCGAAGUCCCCUCGCGGCUCUUCAGCCCAAACCAGAAUGUUACCGGUGGUGCAGGAGGAUAUCCUUCACAAUCACCUGGUGGAUUUUCGUCUCAGUCGCCUGGGUCCAGUCCGUACGGUGGCAGUCCUAGGAGUGAUGGUCUCGCUCCUGUCAAAAGAGAAGAUGGGACUGAGGAGCCAAAGCGCAAGAGAAAGAGUCGUUGGGCUGCAGAGGAUGAAAAAGUUACUAUCCCCGGAAUGCCAACGGCGUUGCCCACCAACAUGACCGAGGAGCAGCUGGAGAUGUUUUUGCUGCACACUCGACUUGAGGAGAUUACAAAGAAGCUGAAGUCUGGCGACGUUCUUCCCCUGGAUCGCGAGAGAUCUCGUUCUCCUCCACCAGUAUACAAUGCUGAGGGAAAGCGUGUCAACACCAGAGAAUACCGUUACCGUAAGAAACUGGAGGACGAGAGGCAUCAUUUGAUCGACGGCGCCAUCAAAAAGUACCCCGACUUCAAGCCACCAGCAGACUACAAGCGACCCACCAAAACCAUGGACAAGGUCUAUAUCCCCGUCAAGGAAUUCCCCGAAAUCAACUUUAUUGGACUCUUGAUCGGACCACGUGGAAACACUUUGAAGAAGAUGGAGACAGAGUCCGGCGCCAAGAUCAGUAUUCGUGGACGUGGAUCGGUCAAGGAGGGCAAGAGUCGCUCUGACUCUGCGUCGAGCGCCAACCAGGAGGAGGAUCUUCACUGUCUUGUCUCUGCCGAAUCGGAAGAUAAGGUCGCCAAGGCCAUUCAGCUCAUCAACAAGAUCAUCGAAACCUCUGCAUCAGUUCCAGAGGGCCAGAACGAGCUGAAGCGCAUGCAGUUAAGAGAGUUGGCGUCGCUGAACGGAACGCUUCGAGACGAUGAGAACCAGACAUGCUUGAACUGUGGUGCUGUUGGACAUCGCAAGUUUGAGUGCCCCGAGAUCCACAACGUCACCAUCAACCUUGUCUGUGGAAUCUGUGGUGGACAUGGACACGCCACUCGUGACUGCAGAGAGCGCAACAACCCAGAGGCAGCAGAGAAGGCUCAGCAGAGGAACCAAAAGAUCGACUCAGAGUACCUGAACCUCAUGGUUGAGCUCGGAGAACAGGUGCCCGCAGGAAUGACAGGACAGUCUGCCCCCCCAGCUUCCGAACGCGAAAGUAGUCAUUCUGGGUCAUCUGGUCACUAUGGUCCUCCUCCUCCAAGAGGUCAGUCAGGAUCAGCACCUCCUCCGUGGGCUAAUAGUGGACCUAGAGACAGAGAGCCCUCUAGCCACAGCUCUGCACCUCCACCCUGGGCUGCUCGUGCUUCAGCCUCGGCCGCCCAAUCGUCUAACCCUGCACCUUGGCAACAUCAGGGCGCCCCAGGAACCAGCAGUGGUCCACCACCACCCCCCCCAGCUGCGCCAUGGCAACAAGCUAGCGCGGCACCUGCUAACCCCUGGAACUCGCAUCAUUCUAGAUCAGAUGCCGCUGCGCCUCCACCCCCCCCUGGCUACCCUGGUCAGUCCUACCCACAUGAUCCUUAUGGAGGAUACUAUUCAUCAUAUGGCGCACCUCCACCCCCACCUCCAGUUGCUCCUCCUAGCUGGGCUGGAGCUCCAGGGUUGCCUCCACCACCACCGCCUCCUUCUUCAGCAGCACCGCCACCACCUCCUCCAGCACUCCCAACUCCCCCACCCCCUCCAUCAUCUAACCCUCCUCCACCACCUCCCAGUGCCUAA